AGUUGAGUUAUAUUAUUGAAGCUCAGAGGACGGCGGUGCCGUUGACUGUUAACCGUCAGCUAAGUUAUGCUUUGUCCUACACUUCUCUGUCGGGACUGUUGUUGUCUGUUGUUGCUUUUGUUUGGUGAUUAAGGCGGUAUCGCGGCAACAGGAAGAAGUCGGCUAAAACAAUGUUUACGCCCUUAGUAUGUGGAGCUGUGGUGUUUCCAGGGCUUUUCUACACCUUCAGGAAAGUACUCAGAUCAACUUUUACACGCUGGAGUGAUGCCGACGUGGUUUCAGUCAGUGAGAGGCUGGUGUCCGCCAUUCAUGCGUCUUUAGCUACUGCAGCUGGAGUGACAGUUGUAGCAUCCUGCAGGGAUGUCAUGACUGACAGUCACUGGCUGGUCAAUGGGUUUGUUUUGUUUGGAGCUCCCUACAUGGCCCACGACAUCUACGCCAUGUAUCUGAGUCACUUUUAUAAUCAAAGGGCCAAAGGUCAGGUCGGUGCACACAGCGGCCACUCUCUUCAGACUGUGAGGGCUUUCCUCUUCAAGGACUGGAUGCUGAUUCUCCAUCACCUGGCACUGCUCCUCAUUUUCGUGCCCAUCACUCUGUUCUUCAGAAGAGGACUUGGUGAUUUCUUCAUUGGCUGUCUCUUCACCACAGAGUUCAGCACUCCUUUCAUCUCUAUAGGAAAGAUCCUCAUCCAGCUGGGUCUUGACCACACCAGGCUGCACAGAAUCAAUGGCAUCAUUGUCCUCCUGAGUUUCUUCACAUGUCGGAUCAUGAUCUUCCCCUUCAUGUAUUGGAUGUACAGCCGGCAGUUUGGCAUUCCUCUACACAGAGUGGCCUUCCAUCUGCCUCUGCAGUGCAACGUAGGUAACCUGGUGAUCCUGGCUCCACAGAUAUACUGGUUUAUCCUGCUGGUGAAGAAAGCUAACCGACUCUACCUGAGACAGAGGGGAGGGAAAGGAGAUGGAAACAAAGACAGGCCAAAGACAGACUGAAGAGUCCACCUGUUUCCAAAAAUAACUUGGUCAGACACUGAGAUCAAAGAGGGGCACUGUCAGGGAAAGAAACAGAGAAUCUGAGAUUCUCUUGAAAUUCUUUAGAAAUUGCAGAGAAUCUUUUAUGAGGAAAAACAGCAAAAUUCAGAGAAUAAGAUUAUCAUUUAAAUGAUGAAAAUGAAGAUAGUUUGGUUUGGAUUUUUACAUGUAAAAUUGUAAAACUGACUUUAUUCUCAAAAUCUCAGAUUUUUCCUGACAGUGUCAUACAGAGAGUUCAAAGUGUUUGCUCCACACUGUAAUUGUGUGGCUCUAAUCUGUGAAAUAUGACAUUGAUGUUUGAACUUCUCAGAAAUGUUUGUCAGCUGUUACUAUGUGACAGAGCAUGUGUUACAGCUAGUGUAACACAUUAUUAAUGCUGUGCUAUUGUACAAAGAAGCCCUGAUUAUUUUUAAUCAGUAAAACUGAAGUGUUUGCUGUUGUAAGUGAAUUCAGUUGAUGCCAUAGAGAUAAACGCACUACUAUUUGCUUUUGCUUUUUCACUUAACUGUUGAAAUACAUCUCAAUCAGUUCAAUAAAUGGAAAAGAAUGAUUUCAACAUUUUUUGGGGGAAAGUAAAAAUCAAGAUUUAGAUUUCAGACAAUACAACUGCCUAAGGAAAAAGCUGGAAUGGCAGCUCAUACUGAUACCUUUCAAUAACCCACAAACUGUAUCUGUAUUUAAGGAAACAUGAUUUCUUAAGAUAACAUAAUAUCAAAUAUCAAAACCACUGGAGCAACAGGAUUGAGUUUAAUGAACCUAUUUGUUAAUGCAAUAAGUAACAACAGAAAUCUGAUAUUCAGCAUCUACUCAACUUUACAAUCGAUCAGGGUUCUUUUCACAUUGUGUGUUAAAUCCAGGGGAGAGAAAGAAGCUAACAUAAGGCUAACAAGAUGAUGGUCAAACAUGUAGAACACAGUCUCCCACCAUGAGCUCAGCUCUGGAGGGAAUUCUGGAAGAACACUGUAAGGCCUUUCCUAACUCUGACGAUUAAAAAGUAAGGAACCUGAACAUGA